CUGGCUGUCAAUAUGUGUGUGAGAAGUAGUUCUUUUUCCAAAACACAAUCUCUGCGAAUGAAAAAGUGUGAUACCGUCGCCUUUGGAUUAUGUGGGUACUAGUGUUGUGAUUAUUUGGGAAAAUAUGCAUCUGAAGUGUCUUAUCAUCUUUCUCCUGAUGCUGUUGGGAAAUAAUCAAGUAGCAAAUGCCACCAGUGCGCAGAACUUGCACAAUCUACUAAGGCACCCACAUUAUGCAGAUGGACAUCAGCAUUCAAAAUCACUUUAUUCACAGCACACGACGUCAUUUCCUCAGCGAAGUUGGAACUUAGAGAGCCGCUGGACGCCGUCUCUCUCCGCGGCACCCACGUUGAAGACGAGAAGCCAAGAUGGCCCUUCCCUGGGGCCCUGGAAUAGAGUUGUGCCAGGGUACUAUUCCCUGAAUGGAUUCCCUGCAAAGACCACUUCGGCGUCCAAGAGCCCUUUAUUGGACCCAAGGAUAGCUCAAGAACUGAACGAAGUGCGAGAGGCGAACGCGCAUUUCGUCAACAUGCGUUCCGGUGCUCGUUGCGAGAUUCCACGCGCACAGGUGGUGUGUGUGCGCGACCUGUACCCCGAGAAAGAGCUGCUGCCCCGCUGCACACUGCUCCACCGAUGCGGAGACUCCGCGGGAUGCUGCGAGGAGGAAGGGAUGCAUUGUGCGCCCAAAGCGAUCCAAGAAGUUGUGCUCCAUUUUUACGUGUUAGGAGGGGAUCAUCGUUCAAACGAUGUCGAGAAACUACUGUUCGAAAAUCACACUGAGUGUGAAUGUCAGGCGAAACCUCAAGUCAUUUCAGUCACUACUUCUACUACCACCACCACGACAACAGCAGCUCCCAUCACCCCGAAUGUGACGGUGUCACAUGAACAACCUCUUCUAAGGGACCAACAACAAAACAAGUGUCGGCCUUGUCCUAAUCCGUUCUGCAUACGGGAACAUGAGCGAGGGCGCUGUAGUUGCGAUUGCUUCGACAGACACAAACCUUGCAUACGCAUCAAAAGGGGGCGAGAAGCCCUAACCGACACCGAAAGGAGAUGCGUGGAUGCUGGACAUUGUAACAUCCCUGACUGCGAAUAUGGAGCCUAUGACCCAGAUAGGGGCCGGUGCCCUAGAAGACCCGACUACGAUGCCCCCAGAGGACCUGAAGGUCCCUACAAGAGACCUCCUGCGAAUCACAAGAAUCCAAAUCACAGAUGGCUUUACUUCGAAAGGGACUGACCUCACAAUGAAUGUAGCCCUUUCUCACUUCCAUUGUUUUUCAUCAAAAGAAAUCUACAUUUAAAUCAUUGAAAAAGACUUUUUUUUGCAAGCUCGACGGAGAAUUGAUCAUCGUCUGCCAGUUCUACACGUACCUUUACUUUGACUGUUGAUAUACACAGUUCUAUUUAUAUUACAUGAAUUAUUUGAAAUUCACAAUAGAACUUC